AUGUUGUGUACUUUUUCGACUCUUGUUGAUGGAAAUCUUAAAUGCGGUGUUAGCCAGGAAUAUCCUGGUCAAUACGAAUGUAUACCUCUUGGUAAAUGCGAACGAGACAUCACGAGACAUCUGGAAAUGUAUGGCCUCAGUGAAGAUCCAUCGUUGGAAAGUGAAAGGAAACUGCUACUAGCUCGUGCAGGUCAGUAAAUGACACGUGGUUGAAUUUUUACUUUGUUUUGAUGUUCUGUCAGCACCUAAUAUAAUUCUAAUUCCGAAGGUUUUUUCUAAUCAGGAAUUUUUUCGCCGGAUGUGUCUCAUGACCUUAUAACUAUAUGUCCCCGUCAUCGGGCGGAAUAUGGUAUAAGAUGGAGAACAGGGAAAACUAUGUGUUCGGUUCCAAGCCCAAUGAUCGCACAUAAGUCAGCAAAAGUGAAAGGAACACGCAGAAUAAGCAGUCAACUAUCUUCACUUAUUUUGAAGGAAACAGGCCAGCUAAUUGUUGUUGGAUCGCGUAAGUGAUUUUUACGUUUUGUCUUGUAAUUUUACUGAAAUUCUUAUGAGCGAUUGAACGCUUUGACUCUGUUAGUAACAAACAGCGGUUGGGUAAGGAAGUGAUGGAAUCCAGGGGUGGUUUAUUCUCCAGCUGGAAGUUCGGAUUUGUUUUUGAUCCUCGGCCGCAUGACCUUCAACUUCCUGCGCUUGAGCUUUUCCACAUUGCAUUUGAGUUCUUUAUGGAAAACUGAUACCAAGUUCAGGAGCCCAUAAGAAGAAUCCCAUCUCCAUUAAGCCACCCCUCAGGGGGGUAAGUCCCCCAUCUCUAUUAAGCCACCCCUAGGGGCCUUAAUCGAGGAUUUUCUAACAUACUAUUAUUUCACAUUAGCUAUUUGCUCGACUUGCUUUGGACAUCUGACGAGGGAAGAGGAAAAACAUCUAAUGGGCGCUGGAGCAAUAGAGAAGGGAUCAGAAGGACCUAAGGAAGCUAAAGCUGAAGAGGAGAAGUUAGAAGGACCUAUUGAAAGUGGGGAUGAAGUAAAGAAUUUAGAAGGACUCUUGGAAACUGGUGAUACAAGGCUGGUAUGUUGAUAAGCCCAUAAAAUAGGUUAUUUACUCAAAAUAUUUCUCCGUUAUUGAUUGGCUCAAACCCCUGCCGCCCGCCCCCACCCCCGCAACCUCCCCGCUUAUUCUUUGUAAACAGCAAACAUUGACGACGAUUGUGAUAUCUGGAAAAAGAUGUCAAUAUCACAGGAAAGACGCCAGAAAAAGAAAGGUCAAUUGAGAAUUACUGGGGUCGAGUCGAGGUUGCCACUAAGCGUAAGCCAGUUCCUGUAAUAGAUGAAUCACCAAAAGAAAUGAUUUUAGGCAGACCGAGAAAGGUGAAUUCGGCCGAGGCUGAAAGGCUGAACUUCAGCCCAAUCAAAUUUAAAGAAACUGGAAGCUGUAAAUAAAGUGCUAUCAAACGAGCAAACUGUUCACCUGCGUCUUCGAUGAGUUUUUUUUUUUCUCAAACUGUAUUAUCCUCUUAUCCUUACAAAAUCGAAAAAUGCGGCAAACCGGUUUAAACUGUAAUGGGAAUUAAAAGGAUUCUCUAAUUUGUUAUUUAUUUUAAAUGUGUAGGAAACUGAGGAGUCGACAUCUGCAGACAGUGAUGUCUCUAGUGCUGUCCUUGGUGCAUUAAGCAAGUUAGAAAUUGCUGAUGAGACCUUUUUAAGCCCUGAAACCAGGAGCACAGCGUCUACUCAAAGCGAUGAAAUUGUUCCCUCUCAAGCAACAGCCGCAGAAAUGCAGCGUAGCCUUCUGAAUGAGUUCUUGGUGGCUUGGAAUAUACCGCCGCUUCAAAGAAAAUGGUUGGACUUUAGCAGUUGCAGUGAAUCCACUAAACAAAGGUAUACAAGAAGAUCAAGCGACAUCGUAGCUGCAGUGCUAAAAACCAUUUCUCCCGAAGAUGCUGGCCUUAUUUGGAGAGCCAUGACAUCAACAGCUUCCAUGAACAAGUUGCUUGGUAUUGAAGAUAUCCCACAAGCAGAUCAGCGUUACCUAGAAGCCCUAACAGAAGCGUAUAAUAACGCCGAUAGCUGGGAUACCCGCCGACAAAUCCUUUCUGUAAUGACUGGUGUUGCUGGUUUUAAAAUUUUAGCCACCUUCAUUCCAGGGCUAACAAGGUACCGGUACUCUAUGGCAAAUCUGCACCGCCUUCAGUUUGGUUGUGGCGCACCUGUACCUCCUCGGGUGUCAACAAGAAUAAAAGUAGAUCUAAAACAGUUAGAUCAUUUUCUGUGCUUUAUCACAAGCCCACAUUUAGUACAAGAUCUUCCGUUCGGACAGAAACAGUUGACUCUUUAG